GGUGGACGGGGGGGUUGGUCGGGGGUCACAUGGGUGUACAGCAGAAUCCCAGCAAUAGAAAACAAAAACUCAGAAAGACCCGAGAGGGAGAGUAAAGUACACCAGGGCAGCGAGUCUAGAUGGGAAAAAACAACCGACUGGGAAGGAGAAGAGAGGAGUCACAGCUGUUGGACGGAGAGAAGAGGGAGGAGGAGCAGCAGCAGAACAGAGAGGGAAGAGAGAGCAGAAAGAGAUAAGAGUGUGGCAAACAGGAGACAUUGAGGGGAAGCACAUGUUGUAAAAAAUGCCCACCAGCUUCACCGUGGUCCCAGUGAAGGACGGAGCCAGAAAGGGGAGCGAGGAGGAGGAUGUGGACGACAACAAUGCGCUGAAGGAGGAAGACGAGGAGGCCACAGGUGAUGGCGUCCCAAAGGAAAACAGUCCCUUCAUCAACAACACAGACAACGACAAAGGCAACAACUACGAUGGCACCAACAUGGCCCUUUUUGAGGAUGAGAUCGAAAGCAACCCCAUGGUGUCGUCCCUUCUCAACAAGCUGGCAAACUACACCAACCUCACCCAGGGGGCCCAGGAGCACGAGGAGGCUGACAAUGACGAGGGGCCCAAGAAGAAAGAGGUCAAGAGCCCUCAGAUGGGGACCUUCAUGGGCGUCUACCUCCCGUGCCUCCAGAACAUUCUGGGGGUCAUCCUGUUUCUGCGACUCACCUGGAUUGUCGGCACUGCCGGCAUCUUGGAGUCCCUGGCUAUCGUCUGCCUGUGCUGCUCUUGUACCAUGCUGACAGCCAUAUCCAUGAGUGCAAUCGCUACCAAUGGGGUUGUGCCAGCUGGAGGCUCCUACUACAUGAUUUCCAGAUCUCUGGGCCCAGAGUUCGGUGGAGCUGUAGGUCUCUGUUUCUACCUGGGCACGACCUUCGCUGGCUCCAUGUACAUCCUUGGUACCAUAGAGAUUCUGCUGACCUACAUCGUGCCUAAAGCAGCCAUCUUCGUGGCAGAGAAGAAGGAGGACGAGGUGAAUGCCCUGCUGAAUAACAUGCGCGUUUACGGCACGUGCUGCCUAGCGCUGAUGGCCGUGGUCGUCUUCGUCGGGGUGAAGUAUGUCAACAAGCUCGCGCUGGUCUUCCUGGCCUGCGUCAUUCUCUCCAUCCUGGCCAUCUACGCUGGAGUCAUCAAGACCAUCUUUGAGCCACCGGACUUCCCUCUUUGCAUGCUGGGGAAUCGCACUCUGGAGAACCAGAACUUCGACAGCUGUCUCAAGACGAAGGUCAUCGACAACUUGACGGUCACUACCAAGCUGUGGAACCUGUUCUGCGACGGGCCCGAGCUCAACGCCACCUGCAACGACUACUUUGUCCUCAACAAUGUGACCGAGGUGCAGGGCAUCCCCGGACUGACCAGCAAAGUCAUUUCAGAAAACAUGUGGUCAGUGUAUGGCCCUCUGGGUAAGUUGGUAGAUGACCCGAAGAUGGCGUCAGUGGGGGGAGAUGCCUCUGCCCAGGACAAGUACUUGCCCUAUGUCGUCAACGAUAUCACCACCUUCUUCACGCUGAUGGUUGGCAUCUACUUUCCGUCCGUCACCGGUAUCAUGGCUGGUUCAAACCGGUCAGGUGACUUGCGGGAUGCCCAGAAGUCCAUCCCCAUCGGGACCAUUUUGGCUAUCGCCACCACCUCCUUCAUCUACGUCACCUGCGUGGUUCUGUUCGGUGCCUGCAUUGAGGGAGUUCUGCUUCGAGACAAAUUUGGUGACGCAGUGAAGGGGAACCUCGUGAUAGGCACGCUAUCAUGGCCCUCUCCCUGGGUUAUUGUGAUUGGCUCGUUCUUUUCCUGCUGCGGGGCGGGGCUGCAAAGUUUGACCGGUGCCCCCCGCCUGCUGCAGGCUAUCGCACGAGAUGGCAUCGUACCGUUCCUGCAGGUGUUCGGUCAUGGGAAAGCUAACGGAGAACCCACCUGGGCUCUGCUGUUGACCGCUGGGAUCUGUGAGAUCGGAAUCCUCAUCGCCUCCCUGGACGCCGUGGCUCCAAUCCUCUCCAUGUUCUUCCUCAUGUGCUACUUGUUUGUCAACCUGGCCUGUGCACUUCAGACGCUGCUGCGGACGCCCAACUGGAGACCACGCUUCAAAUACUACCACUGGGCUCUGUCCUUCCUGGGAAUGAGCUUGUGUCUUGCUCUCAUGUUCAUCUGCUCCUGGUAUUAUGCUAUUGUGGCCAUGGCCAUCGCUACCAUCAUCUACAAAUACAUUGAAUACAGAGGGGCAGAGAAGGAGUGGGGAGACGGCAUCCGUGGCCUGUCGCUCAAUGCAGCCCGCUACGCCCUCAUCCGCCUCGAAGAGGCUCCACCGCACACUAAGAACUGGAGGCCUCAGUUGCUGGUGCUCCUGAAUCUUGACUCGGAUCAAGGAGUCAAACACCCCCGCCUGCUGUCCCUCACCACUCAGAUGAAGGCAGGGAAAGGCCUCACCAUAGUGGGGAACGUUCUAGAGGGGACCUAUCUCACCAAAGACACAGAGGCCAGGAAGGCUGAGCAGAACAUCAAGUCCGCCAUGUCAGAAGAGCGAACAAAGGGUUUCUGCCACGUCGUGGUGUCCUCAAACCUCCGAGACGGCGUCUCCCACCUCAUCCAGUCUGCGGGGCUGGGAGGCAUGAAGCACAACACGGUCCUCAUGGCCUGGCCCGGCACCUGGAGGCAGGCCAACGACCCGCAGUCAUGGAAGAAUUUCAUAGAGACAGUGCGGGAGUCCACCGCCGCUCAUCAUGCCUUGCUUGUGGCUAAGAAUGUGGACAGCUUCCCCACCAACCUGGACCGCUUGGGGGAGGGCACCAUCGACGUGUGGUGGGUGGUUCAUGAUGGAGGCAUGCUGAUGUUGCUGCCCUUCCUGCUGCGACAGCACAAGGUGUGGAGAAAGUGUAAGAUGCGCAUCUUCACCGUGGCCCAGAUGGACGACAACAGCAUCCAGAUGAAGAAGGAUCUCCAGAUGUUCCUCUACCACCUGCGACUGAAUGCAGAAGUGGAAGUGGUGGAGAUGCACGAUAACGACAUCUCGGCCUUCACCUACGAGAAGACGCUGGUGAUGGAGCAGAGGUCUCAGAUGCUGAAACAGAUGCAACUCUCCAGGACCGAGAGGGAGAGAGAGAUUCAGAGUAUCACCGACGAGUCGCGUAACUCGAUCCGGAGGAAGAACCAGGGCGCCGCCCCGAGCACGAACCGCAGCCGGCCGCCCUCCACGGCGGAGGAAACUCAGGAGGACGAGGCCCAGCUCAUCCACGACAGAAACACGGCGUCUCACGCCACGAUAAACGACAAGGCCGAGGCCGGGACCGACCGGGUUCACAUGACCUGGACCAAGGACAAGCUCUUCAUGGAGCGCAACCGCAACCGCGAGUGCAACGCCAACGUGGCCGUGCGCGACCUGUUCAACAUGAAACCAGAGUGGGAGAGUCUGAACCAGUCAAAUGUCCGUCGGAUGCACACGGCUGUGAAGCUGAACGAGGUGGUGGUCAACAAGUCGCAGGGAGCUCAACUGGUUCUGCUGAACAUGCCCGGACCCCCCGGGAACCGAGGAGGAGACGAGAACUACAUGGAGUUCCUGGAGGUUCUCCUGGAGGGUCUGAACCGGGUCCUGCUGGUGCGAGGCGGCGGCCGUGAAGUCAUCACCAUCUACUCUUAAAAAAACACAAAACAAACUCACGCCAUGGUGACGUUCACCGGGCAUUUCUGGGGAGGAAGGGGGGGGGGGUUUGUUGGAAGGCGGGACCACUCGUGAUUGACAGUUGGCUUGAAGGACCCCAGGACGAAGGACUGGCUGAGAGAGCGAGCCCCCCCCAUGUGGAAGAUAGCGCAUAGAGACACUUUAACAUUGUUCAUUUAACCCUGCCGUUAUGUUCUGUUACAUUUUUGUGUUCUUUCCCUCUUGUGUUGAUGUGGUCACGUUCCCGGCGCUCGCCGUGUAAAGAGAAGCAGGGAGUGAUGUGUGUGCCGUUACGAUGUGAACCUUCUGUGUUGCACUCUGGGAAGGUGCAGCGACUGAGAGAGGCGUGUCCAGAGAGGACAAGUUCUAGAGAGGUUCUGUAGACUGGGUAGGGUUAAUACUGGAUCAGGUACAGUUUGGUGCCCUGCAUGUUCUGCAUCACCACUUGUGCUCCGCGUUCUCAUUUAAAAUGUCUUCACAGAACACGGCCGCACCUGUAGUUCAGAGCUCGUCCCUUCAGCAGCGUCUGUAGUCCUAGUGUCCCGCGGUCGUUCGCCCCGUCAGUGAUUCAGUGAAGGACCAGCCGGGAGGACGUGCACCACAUGUUGGAUCACCUUCUGCUUCAGAUAUAUGGUACUGAACACUUGUUCGACACUUUUGCUUCAAUAGGGAGAAGAGCCAUAGUCAAUACCUAGGACCUUUUGUCAGCUUUAUAGGACGACGUAUGAAAUGCACAUGUAUACAUAUUCAUGGAGACUGAAGUCGAGCUUCAGAGAUUGUUUUAAACCCCAGGGCUGUUUGACAGCGAGCUGUAGCUUAAUGAACAAGCAGAUUGGCUCACGUUAAAUCUGCCCUCAGACUUCAGCAAAGUGUAAACCGUAAAAAGCACAAACUGACUCGUGCAUCGACGCAACUCUCACCAUAUCGCCGUAGUAACAGCACUGUUGACUUUGCACUACGCACCCCUCAGCACUUAUUCCACUGCGCACUCUCACCCCGGUUCUAUGGCCUGCAGUGACACUUCCUGCCGGUCAACACCACAUUCUUCUGAUCGAAGACGAGCGAGAAGCCGAUAAAUGAGCUCAAGGAAUAAGGAUGCAGACAGCCAGUGAUUCCGUACUGUUUAAUACUCGUGUGUCAUUGUUUUUAUAAUAAUUUACCAAACCAAACUCUCCAGACUUUGAGUCCCAGACUGAGUAGAUUCAUUGUAACGAGCAUGUGUAGGAGAAAAAGUGCCAAAACGACUGAAUAGAAGAAACUGUGGAAGGAUUACUGGCACAUCUUAGAGCAUGGCGCUACGGCCACAGCUGCUCUUUACAUUGACCAUGUUGAAGAAAGAAAAGAAAUGAAAAGCACAGUUAUUUGUUGUUAUGAUAGAGCUUACUCUUGCUAGAAUUCUUCAUGCAAAUGUGCUAAUUCAUAAUCGAGCAAAUGCAACCAGGCGAUUUCAACCCCUCUCAACUUAGAGGGUUUCUUGUGUGAGGGAAGAAGACCAACACAUGGAACCCUUCGUCUCGUGUACCUCCACAGUUUCUCUCUUCACACUAGCUGUGCAGUAUUUCGUAAAGCAGAAAGCGGUGUUUUCCUGCACGUCUUCGCGGAGAAAGAAACAAGAACUUGUGAACGUCAGUUCGGCAACAUCCGUGUUUUUGUUGUGUUUUGUUCAGUUUGUGAUGUAACUGUUUAGUUCUCCAGUAGGGUUUGUUACGUUAUAAUUGAUCUUAUGUUACUUUAAGUGUUCGUUUUUUCUUCUUUUCUGGAAGGAGGCCGAGAGAGGAUGUCGAGUUUAAUGUGUUUUGUCCCAACCCAUAAGAGAAGCAGCGUAACACACAGGACUCAGGAGACAGCGUUCCCCUGGUCUGGAAGUAUCGAUGAACGCUCUAUAAAGAACUGUCACUUUAUGAAGAUGAAACUAUUUCAGCUUCACUUUGCUCAGUUUCACAUUUUAGCCGCCAAAGAUUUUAAACAUAGUUCUGUAUCAAUAACACUUGAAAUUGUCUCGUUGUUAAGAAGUUUGAAACGUUGGAAGUCCUAAAGAUAAAUUAUUAAAGAUGUUUGUUUGUAUUUUAAUCUGGUUACUGAGCCGAGUAGCAGCUGUGAGUAAAGAAAACAUGAAGCAGACGAAACCCUAAACAGACCACGCAAAAUACAUAAAAGCAGUUUUCUAGAGGAGAAGUGUGUGUUUCACAGCUCUAAUGUUGGAUGUGACUGGAGAAUGUUAACUACCUCAAGGUGUCACUGAGGCUGAAAAUAAAUAAUGAAAAACAUGUUCGACCACAUCUCUCUUUCAUAACUGAUGUCAUAUGUAUUCAUGAAAGAAAGAAAAAGAAUCCUCUGCGAUGUGAGAGGACCAGCAGAAGUGUGUGUGUGUGUGUGUGUGCGUGCGUGCGUGUGUGUGUGCGUGUGCGUGCGUGCAGGAACAGGAAGUCAGUUGUGGGCGCACAUAGAGAGGAAGGUAGCCCUGUAAAUUGUAUUUGUGCCUCUGAGUAAUUAUUAAAAGUGCUGAUAAUAAUAACGCAAAA